AUGGAAAGGACCAAUUGGACAGACACUGAGUUCAUUCUACAGGGACUUUCUGCGUACCUAAGAGCUGAAAAAAUCCUUUUUGUGAUGUGCUUGCUGAUAUACCUGGUGAUCCUCCUGGGGAACAGCACCUUGAUCAUCCUCACUCUCCUGGAUUCCCACCUUCACACCCCUAUGUACUUCUUCCUUGGUAAUCUUUCCUUCCUUGACAUUUGGUACACAUCCUCCUUUAUCCCCUCAACACUGAUACACUUUCUAUCAGAGAAAAAAACCAUCUCCUUCACUAGAUGUGUUGUUCAGAUGUCUGUCACUUUCACUAUGGGGUCCACAGAGUGUGUGCUCCUAGCAGUGAUGGCAUAUGACCGUUAUGUAGCCAUCUGUGUCCCUCUGAGAUACCCCAUCAUCAUGAGCAAGGCACUUUGUAUUCGGAUGGCAGCUCUCUCCUGGGGACUGGGCUUUCUCAACUCAUUGACAGAAACAAUUCUUGCAAUCCGGUUGCCCUUCUGUGGGAAAAAAGUCAUCAAUCAUUUUGUUUGUGAAAUAUUGGCCUUUGUCAAGCUGGCUUGCACAGAUAUUUCCUUGAAUGAGAUUACUAUGAUGUUUGGCAAUGUGAUAUUUUUGUUUGCUCCAUUACUGUUGAUUUGUGUCUCCUACAUUUUCAUACUUUCUACUGUCCUCAGAAUCAAUUCAGCUGGAGGAAGAAAAAAGGCUUUUUCCACCUGCUCAGCCCACAUUACAGUGGUGACUCUGUUUUAUGGGACAAUUCUCUUCAUGUAUAUGAAGCCAAAAUCCAAAGACUCUGCUUUUGACAAACUGAUUACCCUGUUCUAUGGAGUAGUCACACCCAUGCUCAAUCCUAUCAUCUAUAGCCUGAGGAAUAUGGAGGUGCAUGCAGCUGUGAGAAAGUUGAGAGCUAGACUGGUUCUGCAGGAAAGGAUGAGGAGCUUACAUCUUUGA